AUGGACCCGACGACGGGUGCUUUUGUUGUGGUCCAUGCUGUGACUGUGAUGGACCGGGCUGCGACUGUUGUGGAGAUUUGGACUGCUGUCUAUGCGGAGCCCUGGCUGCAUGUUGCUGUUGUGGUGGAGGCGGUCGUGACCGAGGCCCUCCGCCGCCGCCGCCCGAGCGCGUUGUAUACGUGGAACCGGUCGUCGUCCAGGGAGGCCCCCCACCGUACCGCGGGUACUACUAAGCAUCAAGACAAUCGACCGAAUGAACCGGAAGGAAACGAGUUAGCAACCUCAGCUCUUAGAGGUGAAGUGGCAGUACCAUACCAGGUUACUUGA